UUCCCUUAUCUCCUGAAACUCAAAAAGAGCCUGAUUCUAAUGUUCAACCUCCUUCAAAUGUUACUGAAAUAAAGUUUGAAGACCUUCCCAGUUCUGGUGAACUUUAUAAACUUUCCCAAAAUCCAACCUCCGACGGAACUGACAAUAACUCUGAAUUUGAGCAAGCUACCGUAAAUUCACAAUUAGAUUCAAAUAAACUUCCUACUGAAUCUAACCAAAAUCCUAUAACUCGUCGGACUGAUGAAUCAGAACCAAAUGUCAUUGAUCCAGAUCUUCCGGAUCCUCGUAAAUUUCUAAUUGACCCUAAAAAUCCACAUGUUGCACCCAACACCACCACUAAUUCUCAACGAUCUAUAAUUCAAAGUUCAGAUGCAACAAUUGUUCAUAUUCCUCAAAUUUCAAGAAGUUUAAAUUCGAUUCAUAUUAGUGGUAAUACUUAUUCAUUAGAUUCUUCUCCUAUUAUUUAUAAGCAUAAAAAAGUAAUAGUUCACAUAGCUCAUGGUAGUAAAUUUUUUAAAAUUUGUAAUGACUUUGUGUCAUGCAGAUACGCUUAUCAUUCUUAUAUUAGAUAA